GUGUGCGUCGCUACUGGCCAGCUACCGGUUUUCACAGCGCCAAGGAAAAUUCCAGCACGGCACGUUGCUUUUCGGAAGUUUUUCGAAUGUUUUAGGCGCUGUCAGAAAGAUGUCGGUGAAGAUUUAACUUUGCUCGUUAAAUAAAUUGGUGAUCAAAAUGGAAGAGAAUUUCAUCUGAAGCCUACAGAUUCAACUUUAUUAGUGAUCGCCGUUGAGGUUAGGAAGCAAGCGCGCGAAAUGGCAUCGCGCGGUGGUCGCCACCACAACUUGUACAAUCCACGCAAUCGACAACCAUCGCCAAUCAACUACCACCAGCAGAAUCCUCAUGGACAUGCACCACGAUCACCAUCCCCACGUUAUGUGCAACGAAACCAACCCAUGCCAAACAUGCUGCUGCCUCCAGCAGGCUGUUAUUCGGCCCAACAACCUGAACAACAAUUACAAUCCUACAUGUAUCCUGCACAUGAUGUAAGACUCAAAGGAAUGCACAUGCCGCAAAUCCAUCCUUCUGAAUAUCCAACUAAUAUGACCAACCAACAUCACCAUGUCACACAUACCAGACCUCCUAAGCGAAACAUGAGAAACAGGCAUGAUUUUAAGAAUGAUCAUCGUGCAUCUGCUGGUGGUGGUGGUCAUGAUGCCAACAAAGUGAAAAUGUAUUGUCCAAAAUGUACACGCAUCUUUGAUUUGGGUGCAAGAACUCCACUACUGCUUGAUUGCACUCACACAAUAUGCGAAAACUGUUUGAUGGAUCAUUUUUCAUCCGAGGGUAUUGCCACCGAAUGUGGCGAUUGUAAAGCUAAGGUUACAUUAAACAUCAAAGCAAAAAGUGAUUUUAAUCCCAGGGAUUACUUUCCUGUCAAUUAUUACAUGGCUGGAAAGUUGUACUACAAUAAAUUUCCAAACAAGAAUGAUUUUGGUACAAAUCUACAAUUUGCCAGGGUUCCUUCUUCACCUACACCUUCUACAUCUAUGAAUAUGCAAGGAACACAACAAUUUCUUGAAAAUUGUAAGUCUGCUGGUUGUAAACAAGAAGCAACUUUGCGUUGCUUGGACUGUGAGGAAGUGUAUUGCAACGACUGCUCUGAUAAACUGCAUAAAACAGCCAAAGGUUUAAUGCACCAUCGUAUUUUUUCGAAUAAUAUUGCUCUGUGUGCAACGCAUGCUGGCCAGCCGCUUGAGUUUGAAUGUCUUACAUGUACAGGAACAUUUUGUACUUAUUGUACUAUCGAGCAACACAAAGAGCACGAAGUUAAACACAUUACCAAAUUGGAAUCAUCUGAUGUCGAGAAAUUCACCAACCUUUUGGACAACUGCAAGGACACCCUCCAGAAAUUGGAAUCAUCACAUAAGAUUGUUUUGAAGAAAUGUGAAAAAUUGGAGCCGAAGAAAAUUGACAAGAAUCUUGAGAAGAAAAUCUUAAAAUGUUUCAAUGAGAUUCAUGGCAAAUUGCAACGAAUUGAAACAAAGUUAUUGCAAGAAGCUGCUUUUUCGGUCAACGUGUCUUUGGAAUCACUGCGUGACGCUGAACGCGAAUUGAGUCAGAAUAUGGCUGCGGUGCGUGAUAUUAUCAAAAUCGGCGAUGAUAUUAUCAAGCAAAAGAAGCUCAACGCCGGACAAAAUAUCGAUCUGGUUAUGCAGCGGAUGAUCAACGCUGGAAAACUGCCACAUUCCCUACAACCAAUAGAAAAAUCAUCGCUUGGAUCUAACAGGAAAAAUGACUUUGAAUUUAUUGACUUUACUACUGAUAUGGAGUCUUAUUUCAAGGUGACCAAAUCAUCUGGCCCGACUUAUCAACUAGUUUGUGCUGAUGGUUUGACAGACUCGUGUAACUCUAGCAUAGUAGACGAUCAAUCUGAAACUUCAGACAUUUCAGAAAUUACGAUUGGCGCUGAGCCGAAUAAAUCGGUUAAGAUUUUCAGUGGUGCACAAGAAUUUAGUUUACGACGACAUAUAAACUCGAAAGAAAGUUUAACAUCAAUUGAUGGUUCAGUUCAAGACAUUGCAAAUUUGUGCUUAGAUGGAAAUAUGAUGCCUGUCUCAGUUAAUUUUGAGAAAAAUGCAAUGGAGAAUGUUUUGGUAACGAAUAUUGUUUCUCCUGAGAAGUUUCACGUGCAACUCGCCAAGCACUACAGGACUAUACAAGAUCUGCACAAGAAAUACAAAUAUUUGAUUGAAAAACUAUACGUUACUGGGGUGAAUACACCGGUUGUUGGUAAAUUAUAUUUGGUGAAAUGCUUGAACGGUAUGUCCAAUACAUGGCGACGUGGCAUAAUUACGGAUAUAAUUUCUAACAAGCAGGAGUAUAAUGUGAAUUACAUCGAUUAUGGAAACAAUGCUACUGUGAUGCUUAACGACAUUCGUACGAUUACUGAUGAAUUAGCACGAAUUCCCCCGUUUGCAUUCGAAUGCAAAUUGUAUGACAUUACUGAACCACCCGAAAAACCAUGGACUGAAGACGAUGCUACUCUAAUGGCUGAAAUGCUUUCUGGUGGUAACGUGACAAUGAUAAUGAAAAAUAUAGAACAAUCUUGUUUUGAAGUUGAUUUGAAAAUUUACACCGUUACUGAAGAGUUUUACCUGCGCACUUCACUUAUAUUUCUGGGCAGAGCCGUGUGCAACAAUGACGAUGACAUUGAGACGCUUGUAAUUACAUCUCCGUCACCUAGAAAUGAAAACAUGAUUGAAAAAGAGGCUUUUUACGAAGAGCAGCUCAAGAAGGAGAGUUUUUUUGCGAAGAUUACAAACGUGGUCGACGCCAUUACUGUUUAUAUUCAAGAUUUGGCUCACGAUGAUUAUAUGAAAACUCUUAAAUAUUCCAUGGUUGAUUACUAUAACAAGACUGACAACUCUGGAAAACUUUACCUACCCAGAGUUGGUGCUGCCGUUGCAGUUAGAGAGGCAGUUAAAGAGGGCGAAGCACCUUCUUGGUACCGUGGUCUUAUAUUAGAAAUUCAACAAGGUGUUGGCAAGAUUAGAGUUUUGUUGGUGGAUACCGGCAUCGAAUCAAUUGUGUCAUACGAAGAUAUUAGAUUGCUUCCAAAACGUUUUCAAUCAUUCGCUAAGAUGGCUACCAAAGUGGAACUGGUACAUGUCAAAUAUCAAAACGAGAUACAAAAUCAAAUCGGAAUGGAAUUUUUGUCGAAACUACAAAAUACAAGAGUGAAAGUUCAAGUUCAUUCUCAUGUCGCAGAUUUGUUACCGGAAGUCAUAUUGUUUGAGGUUUAUGGCACUUAUGAUCACUGCAUCAACACGCAGUUGGUCGAACAUGCUGGUUUAAAAUCUACUGGAUUUAUAUCAACACAUUUGAGUUGGCAACACGACGAAGGACUACCAGAAGAUGAUGAGCCAUCAAUAACCAGCAAUUUUUUGCAUCAAUCACAGGGAGACGAAGAAGACGUCAGCGACGAAUGCACUGGCCUGCAGCUGGUGCCAGUUAAAGUUGUCCAGGUAACUAGUCCCGAAUGCAUUCAUGUUCACCCUAUUGAAAAUGCAGAGCAUAUGAAGAAAUUGACGCAAUUGGAUGUCAACUUUCAAACAUACCAUUCUAAACGCCAUUUUGUCCCGCGCGAUGAAUGGCAGUUGAAUGAUACUUGUGCAGCAUACAACAAGAAGACUAAGCAGUACUUCCGCGCGAAGAUAAUGCAACGAUUGCCCGACAAUCAAUAUGAGGUGAUGGGGAUUGACUUUGGUAACAUGUUUGUGCUCACAAGUGAUGCUAUGGGCGAAUUGUCCGAAGAAUAUCGGGAUAUUCCACCCAUGGCGUUGAAAGUAUGCCUGUAUGGUAUCAAACCUCUAGGAAUGAGAUGGUCAUUAAUGGCGACUGAUUAUUUGAGGGAUUUGCUGGUGAUGAAGACGAAUAUCCUGAUAACAUAUCUGGAAUCCAACAACAAAGUGUUGCUAUGGAUUCGAACCGUAAAGCAGGGGUUAGCACUGGAACGCACUAAGGUUAUAACGAAAAACGUAAACAAGUUGGUUUGUAAAGCCGGCUUGGGAAUACUCUGCAAAGAUUGGUCACUACCUGUUGGGUCUUCGUCUGAGUCAACGAAUAAUAAGGAAGAUACUGAUUCGGAUAUUUUGCCAAAUGUACAUGAAGCAACUGACUCCGAUGAUCAGACUGAACCAAGUUUAGCAUGGUUGCCGGCGAAAGCAAUUACCGACAGUUUAUUUCAAGCUGUUGCUACCUACGUAGACGAAUCUGGAUAUAUUUACUUCCACGACAUUGUAGACGAAGCAUUGCUACUUAAUUUGGAGAAGGGUUUGUUUGAAAAGUUUCAGUUUAUGAGGCCUGUAUUGAAUGUCAACUGGGCGGUAGGCGAUAUGUGCACUGUUAAAUACCACCAGAAUCAAAAGUACUAUCGCGGGAUAGUCCUGGAGGUAAACGAAACCGAAAAUGAACUGCGUGUCCAGAUGAUCGACUACGGUAAUGUAGAAGACUGCAACUACAAUGAGGUUUGGAAGGAGGUGCACUACAAACAUGUGCCACGUGUGGCGAAAGUUCUUCGCAUGCACGGUGUGAACCUGAAAGGUAAUUUUCCAAGUAUCAUCCUCGAUGCACUACAUUUGCUGGUUGUGGAGAAAAUUCUCGAUGUGAAAAUUAUUAAUAUGGCAUCCAAUAGACUCCCUGCUUCUGCGAUGGUGCGCCAGGGUAAUGUAGAAGUCAACAAGUUUGUACAACGUGAGCUAGGUGAUACAAUCACACAGAUUAAGAUUGUUAAUUCGGAGCAGUCAACUAGCACUGCAAGUAUGGAAAGCGACGACGAUGUAAUUGUGGAAGAAGUAAUCCAAGAUAAUGUGUUACCCAUCAGGGUAACAACGCUCCCGUUUUGCCAUUUUCCGCUAACCACAACCUUAAAUCACCAGAACCUUUACAUUAUAAAUACGUUGCCUUACCAACUUCGGAGUUCUUCGAGGUGUCUAUAAUUUGCGUGCUGGGUAUUAAUGAAGUUGUCUUCGAAUUGGUUAUUCCCCAAGAAGAUAACACGAAGCUUGAGGAUCUGCAAAGUGACAUUAAUGCUCGAUGGCGAGAGCAACGCGUUAUGUCCAACAUAGGGAAAAUCAGGUAUGUAUUGCACGUUAUGAUGACGAUAACAAAUGGUAUCGGGGCAAAACUAUGAAACGCGGGGACAAAAUGUUCGUCCAUUUUGUUGAUUUUGGUAAUUUUGAACCAGUAUCCGAAUCGGAGAUACGCGAAAUUAAGCCGGAAUGGUUAGACCAUCCUGUCGAACUGUACGCGGCUGUAUUAAGCGAUUUUCGGCUUCUCAUAGAAGAUCAUGUU